AUGUCGAGCCCACCGGACGGCGAGGCACCCCCUAGUGCCCAGGACAUCGACCAGAACGACGAGUCCGCGGAGGACGACCAGAGCGGCUCGGGGCUGGCAGAGAGCCUUCACACAAACCACGCCCACAGCGGCUCCGCCGGGCGGCGGCGUCCGGGCGAGUCGCGCGGCAAGAAGUCCAGCAGCUCCUCCCUGGAGCUGCGCGCGGGGCCCGUCACGCGCGAGAGAGCCCUGGAGCUCCUGGAGCGGCUCGGAGUCAAGGGGGAGCUGGCAACAUGCAGGGCGUCCCUCGCGCCCGCCUCCUCGCAGGCCAACUACAUGGGCAAGUACAAGAUCGCCUCGAGGGGCCGCGAGUCCUCCCGGACCGCGCACUACAUCUUCUGCCACUGCUCGGAGUGCCGCUGCGCCGAGGGCUGCCUCCUCGAGCCCGCGAGCGGCAAGAAGGGCCGCGUGUUUGCCGCCGGGUCGUUCAAGCUGCACGAGACCGGCACGCGGUCGCGGUCGAGCCCCGGGCGCGACGUGCUGCUCUGGGUGGACGAGGACAACGAGUGGCGCUCGAUCGAGGAGCUCAAGGGCCGCGAGGCGCGCGUGCCGUCGUACCUGAUCGGCGCGACGGAGGCGAUUGGCGCGCUCGAGGGUUCCAAGGGGAUCGUGACGCGGCGCACGGCGCGGAAGCAGCGCGGGGAGGACAGCGUGGAGGUGACGGCGUCGCAGCUGCUGUCCGGGUCCGGCGGGAGCGAGCCGCCGUCGCGCAAGCGCGCGCGCACCGGGGCGGGCGCCGGCACGGGCAACGGCAGCGGGAGCGGGAACACGCCCGCGGCGAGCGGGCGCACGAACGGCGCGUCGACCGUGCACGGCGCGCGCGGGACCGCCAACGCGCAGGGCCCCGCGCAGGCCGGCGAGGUGGGCGACGAGGGCGCGGAGGCAAUGGCCAUCGACACGCUGCAGGCGCUCCUGGGCGGGGGCGGCGGCGGCGGGGGCGGCGCGAGCACGUCGCCGGACGAGGGCUCCUCGAUGGGCAAGGCGGCCGCGGGCGGCGCGGCGGCGGCGGCGGCGGCGGCCGCGAUCGCGCCCGGCGGCGGCGUGGCGUCGGACCUGGAGGCCUACAUGGGCUCGCUGCACCGGUCCGUCGCGGAGGAGGGCCACCAGCUGAGCAAGAUCCGGGACCGCAAGGCGCAGGUGGACCGCGAGAUCCAGCGCGUGCAGCGGCAGAUGGAGGACCUCGGGCGCAAGAUGCAGAGCCUGGACACGGAGCGCGGCGCGCUGGAUGUCGACAUCCAGGAGCGGAUGGUGAAGCAGGAGCAGCUGCGGCUGUGGCUGUCGGGGAUCUACUCGUCCGUGCAGGCGGCGCAGCAGCACGGCGGGGACGCGGGGCAGCGGACGGCGGCGGCGCAGGCGGUUUGA